AUGAAAUCAUCAAUCUUUACUAUUUUAACUUUAGCAGCUUCAUCAUUAGCUGCUCCAGCUCAUCAACAUCAUCAUCAUCAACAAGAAAAAAGAGCAAUUGUCACUAAAGUUGUUUAUGUUGAUUCAAAUGGUAAUACUGUAACUGGUCCAACUGCUUCAGCUGUCCCAAAAAUUGCUGAAGUUUCUACUUCAGCUGUUCCAACUGAACAACCAGAAACUACUUCAGAAUCUUCUUCAUCAAAAUCAUCUCCAAGUACUGAAUCAGCUCCUCAACAAAGUGGAUCAUCAAAUUCAAAUUCAGGUUCAGGUUCAAUUUCAGGUGAUUUAUCAGCUUUUUCAAAUCCUUCAAAAAAAUUCCAAGAUGGUGUCUAUUCUUGUGAUACUGUUCCAACUGGUCAAGGUGUUAUUGCCAUUGAUUGGAUUUCAGGAUUAAAUGGUGGUUGGUCAACCAUUAUGAAUUCAAAUGGUGAUACUUCAUCAACUUGUAAAGAUGGUUAUUAUUGUUCAUAUGGUUGUCAAGCUGGUAUGUCAAAAACUCAAUGGCCAUCCGAACAACCAAGUAAUGGUAUUUCAGUAGGUGGUUUAUUAUGUAAAAAUGGUAAAUUAUACAGAUCAAAUCAAGAUGAAGAUUAUUUAUGUUCAUGGGGUGCUAAUAAUGUUGAAUUUGAAUCAAAAAUUUCAAAAGAUGUUGCUAUUUGUAGAACUGAUUAUCCAGGUUCAGAAAAUAUGAAUAUUCCAACUUUAUUAGAAGCUGGUGGUUCAGCUCCAGUUUCAGUUGUUGAUUCAGAUAAUUAUUAUAAUUGGAGAGGUGGAAAAACUUCAACUCAAUAUUAUGUUAAUAAUGCUGGUGUUUCAAUUGAAGAUGGUUGUAUUUGGGGUGAAGCUGGUUCAGGAGUUGGUAAUUGGGCUCCAGUUGUUUUAGGUGCUGGUACUACUGGUGGUAAAACUUAUUUAUCAUUAAUUCCAAAUCCAAAUAAUCAAGAAAAACCAAAUUAUAAUAUUAAAAUUGUUGGUGAUAAUGUUAAUGGAAAUUGUAAAUAUGAAAAUGGUCAAUACAAUGGUGCUGGAACAGAUGGAUGCACAGUUGUGGUUAACCUGGGGAAGGCAACUUUUCAAUUUUACAACUAG